AUGACCACCCUGAAUGUUCCCAAUCUGGUCUGCUCUUGGAUCAAGGCUGAGUCUGGCCUGGCUCCUGAGAAGCAGCGGGAUAAUGGGACCCGGCUGGUGACAGAGUUCGUGCUGGUGGGAUUCUCCAACCUCCCAGAACUGAGGCCCACUCUCUUCACCUUGUUCCUCCUCACCUACCUGGUCACACUCAGUGGCAAUGCCACCAUCAUCACCAUCAUCCAGGUGGACCGCACCCUCCACACUCCCAUGUAUCGCUUCCUGGCUGUGCUCUCCCUCUCUGAGACCUGUUACACGCUGGUCACCAUCCCCAAUAUGCUGGCCCAUCUGCUGAUGGAGAGCCAGGCCAUCUCCAUCGCGGGCUGUCGGGCCCAGAUGUUCUUCUUCCUGGGCUUGGGAUGCAUCAACUGUUUCCUCCUCACACUGAUGGGUUACGACAGGUACGUGGCCAUCUGUCAUCCCUUGCGCUACUCUGUGAUCAUGAGACCUACCGUUUGCCUAUGUCUGGGAGCCUUGAUUUUCUGCUCUGGUUUCUCGGUGGCCGUGGUUGAAACCUGCAUGAUCUUCUCCUCACCUUUCUGCGGCACGGGCCGCGUGGAACACUUCUUCUGUGACAUCGCUCCUGUGCUGAAGCUCAGCUGUGCAGAGAGCACGCACAAGGCGCUCGGCAUCUUCUUUCUGAGCAUCCUCGUGGUGCUGUUCUCUUUCCUCCUCAUCCUCCUCUCCUACGCCUUCAUCGUGGCAGCCAUCGUGAGGAUCCCUUCUGCCGCAGGCCGGCGCAAAGCCUUCUCCACCUGCGCAGCCCACCUCACGGUGGUCAUCGUGCAUUUUGGCUGUGCUUCCAUCAUCUACCUGCGGCCAGACUCUGGGGCCAACCCCUCCCAGGACCGCCUGGUGGCGGUGUUCUACACGGUGGUGACUCCAUUGCUGAACCCUGUGGUCUAUACCCUGAGGAACAAGGAGGUGAGGGUGGCCCUGAGAAAGAGCCUGGCGCGGGGCUUUGGAGUACUUAAAUAA